AUGUGCAUUGAUGAUGCUCCCCUAUGUAGAGAGCCUCAUUGGAGAGUGGAUUCUGGCCCUUUAGGUGAAUUAAGAAAGAGAGUACAUGUCCAAUAUCUGGGACUUGUUUUGUUUGGAGUAUGCCCCCAUCUUAUGCAGUGUAUCUCUUUCUAA